ACUAGAUAAUCUUUAGUGUGCUUUUGUCACUUUUCGUUAAAAAGACUGUCUUUGUCGUAGUUCAAAAAGAAAAUGGCGGUUGUUUUGAUAGGUCCGAGCGUUGAAAUUGCUUGUUGAAAUGGCAUCCACAGAAAGUAUUACAGAGGCUUUUGGUUAUCUUUGUAAUUAUUUUACACCUGAAAAGAAAAGAGCAACACUUGGCCGCCAACCUCAAAGUAGAAAACAGAUCAGGUCAAAUUUGAAGAAGCGCCUGUAUAGAUCAUUAUUUACAUACUUAAAGAAUACAGACAGGCAUGUAAAACACAGUGAUGGAGAUGUUAUAGAAAAGGUGAAAUCAGAAUACAGCUGGCUGAUACUAUCACUGCGGAAGAGACGGAGAUAUGAUGAUGCUAAUAGACUUGAAUCUCUGCUCUCUAAACUAUGUGACUCUGAUGAUAGAGACAAUGUGUUUUCUGUGUUACAAGUUCUGUUAAAGUUGAAGGACACAGGAUCUGCACAGAAACCACAGGCUAUAGGUCAUGAAGAAGUUAAACUUCCAGUACAACCUAAACGGGGCUACGAACCAGUGUUGCCAGAGGGCCCACUCUGCUAUGGAGAUACACAGAUAAUACAGCCAGAUAGAUUCCAUUACAUGCAUUAUCCAAGGUUAGUCUUUGAAGGACAAUCUCUGGAAAUCAUCAACCCAGUAACAAAUCUGUGUGAGCAGCUUCCAGGGUGUGGUCUAUCAGGCAAUGGGUUCUUCAGUGUUGGCAGUUGUCUUGGAGACCUGCAUGAGCAGAUAACUACACAUACCUUGUUUGGAGGGUUGGUUCAGGGAAGGGUUAACUCCCUUGAUGUAAAACUGGAUAUUCCAGAGCUUCCAGAGGACCUAGAUAACAAUUUACUGGAGACCAGAAUUCCAAAGUCAGUUUCAUCUUAUAGUAAUGACUUGGUUGAUGAGGGUUUCAAGUCCCAGGAGGAGAGUUUAACAAGUUCCACAACUGGUGAAGAUAUGCCAGAUGAAGUCUCCUUUGACUCUGUGUACCAGUCAGAUUACGACACCAGCAUUUAUGAGACAUGUCUCACUGAGAAAAUAUCUCAGUACUAUACUUGGGAAACCGUUGGACUAGGUCCUGGCCCAAGAACAAAGCCAUAUUUAACAGAAGCGGGUCCUGAAGCAUUUGAUCACUUAAACAAGACUAUACUAAAGAAUUUGACAACAGCAUUUCCGUCCAUCCGUGUGAGUCCACGACAGGAGAUCAGUCAGGAGGAACUAGUCAAGGAGAUUUUAAAUAUGAUGAUUGCAGUUCCCUCUGUGAACUUCAUGCUAGACUUGACAGACCAGUGUUUUACAAUGCGUGAUGGUCUGUAUGUGUCAGGAAUGUCAGCAGAGGCUGUGCAGAACCUGCUGGAUGAUUUCCUCACAUGCGGCAUGUAUUUCUAUAGACUGGGACUGUUUGCUGCUACACCUGUCAUUGACUCAUUCUACAGUGCUGGUCUCACCUUCCAUGCAUUUACAGGGGCAGUUCAGUCAGUGUUACAUUACUACAGUGGGGUUAUUCUGUCUAUAGGAGAGGGUAAAACACUUCUGCAGCUGAGAGUUAAGUGCCAUAAACUGCUCCAGGAAAUCAGAUACCUGGCUUGCCUAUGUCACUGUGAUAACCCUGUCACCGAGGAGACCAAAACCACAUUUCCUACUGGAAUACCAUUGUUGAGUUACUUAUACAGUGAGACAGUAGAGGCUUCAUUCAGUGACCACUAUCCACUCAUGUUGUCCUUGUUAAAACACACCUGUACACCUUACCUCUUGUAUGUGCAGGAUUGGGUGUAUCAUGGUUUAUACAGAGACGCUUAUGGAGAGUUUAUGGUCCAAGUUAAUGAUGAUUAUCUACAGUUUAAAGACAAGCAUUACUGGACACAGGGUUAUACAUUGGGCACGAACAGAGUAGAGGAGAGUGUUCCACUGUUCCUGAAAGAGCUUGCCAAUGAUAUCUUCCUCUGUGGCAAGUCUAUCAAUCUGCUCAAAGCUUGCAAAAGAGAUCAUUUCCUGUGUGAUGUAGAUGACAGUGAUAUCGCAAAGAUAACUCUAACAUUCUCAGAGACAGAGUUACGUACCCUGACCAAUCAGUGCACAAUCUAUGCCAACAGAAUGAAGCAAAUUGCCAGGCAGCUUACCUUAUCUAGGGAAGAGAUGAAAGCAAGAGCAGAUAGAGCCAAAUAUGAACUGAUGGUUCGUGCAAGACAGACACAAGCUGCUGAACUUAAACGCCUCGAAGAUAAAGUAAAGGAGAGGAGAAAAGCAGUGGCUGCAAAGAAGAGAAAGGAAUUAACAUUCUUGAAAAAUCAAAUGGAAACAGAUCUGAAGCGUCGGGCUGAGCAGAAGGAGACGGCACUAAAAGAAAACAAAGAUUAUAUGGACAGUGUGACAAACAGGGAGAAUAUGAUGGAUGAGGAGGAACUGGAAUUAGAAAGACAGGCCAGAGAAGAAGUGAUAGCCUACUACAGUCAGUUGAGUGAGGAGGCAGCCAGGAGAGAACAGAAAGCGUUAUGGCGUGUAAGACGUGCCAGACUUGAUAUAAAGAGGACAGAAUUUCUCAUCCAGGAACAAAGACAACUUGCAGCAGAAAUGGAGAAAUUCAAAUCUGAUCCGACUGAAAUUCAGACUAAUCAGCAGUUGACAGUACGUCCUGCUAGCCCUACACUGCCCGGGUGGGCCAGGAAGGGGCUACACGGACCUACCAUCGAGGUGACAGGAGAUGAUGAGCAAGAUGGAAUGGAGGAAGCCCCUAAACUUGAAGGGGGUGACAAAAACCUCCCAAAAUGGGCUCUUAAAGGGUUGGAGAAAUAUGGAAUAAAAAGUAAGAGUCCUUCUCCAGUGAAAUCUCCACUACGACCUGUGACUCCACGUAGCGGAAGGAGUACACCUGCACGACGUAGUUUGAAUUCUUCAUUUCAUGUCAGUGAUGAAACUCAGGAAGCAGUAUCUAAACCCAGUAUACAGACGUUUGAGAAUAGACACGCUACCAAAGAAUCUGGGGGUGAAGUCGAGCCAGUGUCCAAAUCACAUGUUAAAAUGGUUGAUGACCACCAUGCUUCCAAGGAGACUGACGCCGACCAAACAAACCGUCCACACAUUAAGACUGUCUCAGACAAACACAUCACCCAGCAGAGUGAACCGGAACCCGAAUCUCGACCGCACAUUCGGUCAUAUGACAAUAUGCAUGCAAAUAAACCAUCUGAUGCCCCUGAGCAUGACAACGUGCCAAAACUUAAACUAGGUGUAAUGCAGUCAUCUACUGAAUCUAAACCAAUGGAAUGGAAAAUUAAGAAACAGAAUGUAUUUGGACAUGUGUCACAGAUCAGCAGCUCAUAUGAUUUCAAUGUUCCAAAAAUGAAAAAAUCUGCAGUAAUGUCGUCAAGCAAGGAGUCAGACUGGUCCACCGAUUUUGCAAUAAAACCAAGAAUUAGAAUAAACAGGAAGCAGACAGCAAAUACACAGUCUGAGGAAGUGCAGACUACAAGACAGAGGAUAAAAAUGAGUGACAAGAUGUGCGCCACAAAGGAGUCCGAGUUUAUAGAUUAUGAACAAAAACGAGUGCAGAUGUUCAAGGAAAGAAAUAUUUAUGGGCAUGCAACAGAUUCUAGUGUAGAGAGACUUUUGUAUGAUGGGAAGUUUGGACAGAAGUCAAAGGAUGCAAAUGAAAGUAUUUCAGAUGUGCGGAUUAUUCCUAAGCUGGAUGAGAUUGAAUGGCUGACAAGUGAAGUUGAGAAAUAUCAGGACAACUUUGAUAUUCUAAAUAAUCCACCUAGAGUAGAUCUGCUAUCCAGUGUGCCGGGUAUACAGUAUGGUAGCUAUGGUAACUAUGACAGUUUCUAUGGUGAUAUAGAAGGUUACCAGUAUCUACCUCUGAAAACUGUCAUCAAAUCCUCUAUAACCUCAGUUUUGGAAACACAGGUAUGUUUGGUUAACGAGAGCUUGGUGAGAUAUUUCCUGGCUGACCUUCAGAUAGAGGACCAUUUCAUGGCACUGAGAAGAUAUCUGUGUAUGGGGGAUGGGGACUUCUCGGAAAUACUCUGUGAUCUACUCAUGGAAAAGUUGGGAACCAAUCCACGUCCACAAGAUCUUGUCAAUCCAAUGUUCCUGAAUAACUGUCUCAAUAAAGCUGUCCGCCUGUCUGUCAAUGCUGAUGACAAGUAUGCUGACAAUGUGAGCUUCAUACACAAAUACUUACCUAGGACUCUAGAACAAACGUCACCUGACCUGUUUGACUGCAUACAGCUCCACUAUGAGGUAAAGUGGCCGUUAAACAUAGUGAUUACAGAGAACAGUUUACACAAGUACUCACAGGUGUUUUCCUUCAUGUUACAACUGAAGAGAGUUGUUUGGGUACUUAAAGACGUCUGGAACAGACUCAAGAGAGAUGCGAUUGUACACAAACUGGAUCGGUUAUUUGAGUUCCGGGAGUUACAUUUGUUCCGUCAGGAGAUGCAGCUGUUUGUGAAGGUGAUGCAGGAGUAUAUCUCCCAUCAGAUUGUCGAUGUUACGUGGCAGGAAUUCCAAACUGCACUAACUAAACAUGUACAUAAUGUGGACGAUCUGCACCAACAACAUAACAAAUACCUGGAUAAUGCCCUGUUCAGAUGUCUUUUGACAAAGAACGCCACAUCAUUGAUGAAGGUUAUCCAGGACAUUUUCUGCCUUAUCUUAAAGUUUCAUCGUCAGUUGGUGACGGGAACGUGGCACCCCAGCCAAGCCGGUCACAAAACACACAGUAAUCAUGCACGCAUGAAACAUACAUAUAAAGUCUUCCAUGAACAUUCCACGUUCCUCUUCAAAGUUGUGAGUAAACUUGCCGACCGAGGGUAUGAGCCUCACCUCCAUGAUCUUCUGCUGAGACUGAACUUCAACCACUACUAUGACAAGCAGAGUUAACAACAACAACAACAACAACAACAAACUGUUGUUUUGCAACCUGCUUCAGUCCAAACUCAAAUGUUGAAGGAAGCAGAUCUGACAUGGACAGUAGUGCUAAAUGUGAUGAAUUCUGUGAUAAUCUUAAAUAAGGAGUGUCAAGACAUGCAGUUAGGUUCAUAUUAAAAGAAGUUAAAAGUAGUAUUAAGGUUAAACUUUGACAAAUGAAUUGGAUUCAGUUUAUUUCUUGUUUUUGUAGCAGGUAACUGUGAAAGUGCUAAUCAUGUUGCGGACAUUUUUCUGCGUUGUCUUGCUCAUAAAGGUCAGAUGUUACAGGGAACACCUUUCCUGUUGCAUUCAUUGUAACUUGUUUGUUGUUUUGCUAAAAUGAUCUGAUAGUUAUAUUUGAACAUUUAGUUUUUGUACAAAUAAUGUAAAUUAUAAUUUCAGUAAAAUAGUAGAAAAUAAA